CCGAAUUUUAUCUCCAUUUGGCUGCAGCUGGAAUUGUGCGCGAUGGCCAUCCUCCUGAGUAAAGAAAACGUGUAAUUAACCUAAAUAAGGGCCCUGUCGUCAGCAGCUGGGGCUUUCUGGCCCCAUCAAAGGAAAGAGCUGGGAGUGAUUCAGACUGAUGUAAAGUCACCGAUGCCGAAACUAUGUGGCUGAUAAUGAUAUAAUUAGGGGAUCACAGACUUCUCCUGCCAGUCGACAUCAAAAGGUGAAAUUAGAUGUUAUUGUGAUGCGCCGAACUGUGUGGCGACCGGUUACAUGUGCAAAAGCGAGCUGUCAGCAUGUUUCUCAAGAAUGGUGGACCCUCAGAAUACCAACUCGCCUUUAACUCACGGGUGCUUGGACACUAUUAUAAAUUCAGCUGAUAUCUGCCACGCCAAGAUGGCCCAGAACCGUUCAAGAACCUGGCCAAUGCUGCAGUGCUGUCAUGAGGAUAUGUGCAAUUAUCGAGGCUUGCACGAUGUUCUCCCUCCUCCACGGAGCGAGACCUCAGUAGAUCAGGGAAAUCGAUACCAUCACGACCCCCACGGGAGCCUGAUCACCAGGGUUCAAGAACUCACCUCCUCCAAAGAACUGUGGUUUCGAGCUGCAGUCAUUGCAGUGCCCAUUGCUGGGGGGCUCAUUUUGGUGCUGCUGAUAAUGCUGGCCCUGCGAAUGCUCCGCAGCGAAAACAAGCGGCUUCAGGACCAGCGGCGGCAGAUGCUCUCGCGUCUUCACUACAGCUUUCAUGGCCACCACUCCAAAAAGGGACAAGUGGCUAAGCUGGACUUGGAGUGCAUGGUACCUGUGACCGGCCACGAAAACUGCUGCAUGACGUGCGAUAAAAUCCGGCACUCGGACCUCAGCAAUGACAAAUGUUUCUCUCUGGUUCAUUGGGGGAUGUACAGUGGGCAUGGAAAACUGGAGUUUGUAUGACGAGCUGUAACUGAGCCAUCGUUGGCUCUGUUCUGCUGGACAAUUGCACUUUAUGUGAGAGACAAUCGCGGACAUUUGAGAAACUGUAUAAUUUUGAAAAAAGACUCGUCGUUGAGAAAAAAAGGGACCUCUGAUUUAAUAUAUUUUACACAUAGAGUCCUGGACUGCCUCUAUGAAGGUUUCCAAAAUUUGUCUCGUUUGCACACUUUGUAUAAAAUGGUUUCUACACAAUUUCUUUUUAGAAACCAUUUGUGUAGCUCCUAGGGUAGGAAGCAAAAGGACUGAACUCUUGAACUAGCAGCUGAGAAAAAAAAACCCUGAUGUAUAUUGUGUGCACUCCCGCUCUUUAUGUUUCCUCUUCCAAUUUGUUGUAAAGAUAUGAAAUAUAUAUUUUCUCUAAUUCUAA